CUGUCUUAGAGGAUGCACUGCAUAAACACAAGAAAAACAUUUGGGUGCUGUAUCAAAUUCAUGAUUUACACAAGUUAAGACCCUCACAGAGUGUCAGAUUUGAUUUCACACGUCAUUGGAUUGACUCAUUUAAGCCCGUCACCGCAGCUCAUUGGUGUGUAAAUUGAUCGCCGGGACCGUGAGAAGGAAUAUAGUGCCUCUUUUAUGGGGAGUGCAGAGAUGAGGGGGGCUCUGGUGAUCUUCUUUGCGAGUUUCGCGAUGUGGCCCCACACGGCGGAGGCACAGUUUCCCAGAGUCUGCUGCACGGUAGAGGGGAUCCUGUCCAAGCGCUGCUGUCCGUCCUUCAGCUCCGACCCGGCCGACGCCUGCGGCAGGCUGUCCGGGCGCGGGAACUGCACCGACGUGCGGGUGGACACGAAGCCGUGGGGCGGCCCAUACAGGCUACGCAAUGUCGACGACCGAGAAAGAUGGCCGGUGAAGUUUUUUAACCAGACCUGCAGGUGCUCAGGAAACUUUGCGGGGUACAACUGUGGAGAGUGUAAGUUUGGCUGGAUGGGGCCGAAUUGUGACCAGCGCAAGACCCCUGUUGUGCGCAAGAACAUCCACUCUCUGACCCCCGCCGAGCUCCAGGAGUUCCUGGAUGUCCUGGACCUCGCCAAGACCACCAUCCACCCCGACUACGUCAUCGCCACUCAGCACUGGCUGGGCCUUCUGGGGCCCAACGGAACCCAGCCGCAGGUUAACAAUGUGUCCAUCUACGACCUAUUUGUGUGGCAGCACUACUACUCAGUCAGAGACACGCUCCUCGGUCCAGGACGGCCAUUUAAAGCCAUCGAUUUCUCUCACAAAGGACCAGCUUUCAUCACAUGGCACAGGUACCACUUGCUACGUCUGGAGAGAGAUCUACAGAGGCUGACGGGGAACGAGAAUUUUGCGGUCCCUUACUGGAACUUUGCCACGGGCCAGAGUGAGUGUGACGUCUGCACCGAUUCUCUCCUGGGGGGUCCCAGCCCAAACAACCCCUCCCUCAUCAGUCCCCAGUCCAGGUUUUCAAGAUGGGGGGUGGUGUGCAACAGUCUGGAUGAGUAUAACCAACGCGUGACCCUCUGCAAUGGGACCAGUGAGGGUGUUUUAAUGAGGGGUUUCCGGGAGAGAACCAUUAACAACCUGAGCCUGCCAACCAUGAGCGAUGUCAGGAGCUGUCUCACCCUGAGUGACUUUGAUAGCCCUCCCUACUUCACCAACUCCACCUUCAGCUUCAGGAAUGCCCUAGAAGGCUAUGACAGGCCGGAUGGAGAGCUGGACAGCUCAGUGACAAACCUCCACAACCUGGUCCACUCCUUCUUGAAUGGGACCAGCGCCCUGUCACAUGCUGCAGCCAAUGACCCAAUCUUCCUGGUACUACAUGCUUUUACAGAUGCCAUAUUUGACGAGUGGAUGAGGCGGUUUAUUCCACCCAACUCCAGCUUUCCAGACGAGAUGGCACCCAUAGGCCACAACAGGGACUACAACAUGGUGCCGUUUUUCCCCCCGGUGGCCAAUGAGGAGAUCUACGUCACCUCAGAGCAGCUGGGAUACUCCUAUGCCAUUGAUCUGGAAGAAACGAACAACAGGGCAAUGGUGGUGCUGCUGGGCUCCACGCUGGGCGGGGUGUUCCUGGGCCUGCUAGUCCUGCUGCUCCUCCUGGCGCUCUACGCACAGCAGAGAAGAAGGCGAGGCCGGGACUUCGAGCCCCUGGUCAAGGCCGAGUUCACCAACAAGAAGUACACAGAGGAGGCCUAGAACCGGCCUUCCUGAAAGUACUAAUCAUCGACACAUGAUGUAAACUCACUGAUCUGAACCAAUCAUUUGUGUUAGUGUGAACAGCAAUGUAGCCUGUGACACUGAUGUACAAAUGUGCAUAAAAGAUUUACUAACGAGUAAUAUACUGUGUGACAAGUCAUGCCAUUAUCAUUUUCUUAAAUACAUAAAAUUGUGUGGAUUGUAAAUGCAGUUAUCUUCUUUGUCAAAACUACAGAAGUGCUUUGCUGCCCUAUUUAAAAAAAGAUUCUAACUACGUAAGAGGAUUACUGUGUUAUUGCGCGAUAAAUGUAUUCUGUAAUGCUAUUAUCAAAGAUUAUCUUUAUGAAUAAUAUCUAUUAAAAUGUC